AUGGAAUUCCAAAGUGAAGAGAAUGCCACCAAGCUUCUUAAAGCCCAAGCCCAUGUAUGGAACCACAUUUUCAGCUACAUCAAUUCCAUGUCCCUAAAAUGUGCAAUUGACUUAGACAUACCAGAUAUCAUACACAAGUAUGGCCAACCCAUGCCACUCUCACAACUUAUUGCCUCACUAUCAAUUCAUCCAUCCAAAACCGAUUGUAUCUACCGUUUGAUGCGAAUGUUGAUCCAUUCUGGCUUCUUUUCUCAACAAAAGAUCAACGAGAAUGAGCUAGAAAUGGGUUAUGUACUAACUGAUUCAUCUGCUUUAUUGCUUAAGGACAGUCCCUUAAGUAUGGCACCUUUUCUGCAAGCCAUGGUUGAUCCAAUUUUGACAAAGCCAUGGUAUCAAUUGCCUACAUGGUUCAAAAGUGAUGAUCCUACACCGUUUCACACAGCCCAUGGAAUGAAAAUAUGGGAUUAUUGUGGCAUUGAGCCAAAACUUAAUGAACUUUUCAAUGAUGCAAUGGCAAGUGACACUCAUUUGAUUGCCAGUGUGGUGGUUGAGAAGUGCAAGGAGGUGUUCAAAGGCUUGGAGUCAUUGGUAGAUGUUGGUGGAGGUACAGGGACUAUGGCAAAGGCAAUUGCCAAAUCAUUCCCACAGCUUGAGUGCACAGUAUUUGAUCUCCCACACGUUGUUGCUGGUUUGCAAGGAAAAGACAACUUGAAAUAUGUUGGUGGGGACAUGUUUGAGUCAGUUCCUCCUGCUGAUGCCAUUUUGUUGAAGUGGAUCCUGCAUGACUGGAAUGAUGAGCAGUGUCUGAAAAUACUUAAGAAUUGCAAGGAAGCAAUUAAGAACAAAGGCAAAGAACAAAAGGUGAUCAUCAUAGACAUGGUGAUGGAGGACGGAAAACGAGAUGAUGAAUCAAUUGAAACACAGCUCUUUGUUGAUGGUGUUGUGAUGGUGUUGUACCCUGGAAAAGAGAGAAAUGAGAAAGAAUGGGCCAAACUGAUUUUCUCAGCUGGUUUCAGUGACUACAAAAUAACUCCAGUGUUGGGUUUAAGGUCUCUCAUUGAGAUUUAUCCUUAA